AUGGAUAUCGCAAACAGGGAAGCCGAGGGCCUGAAGCAGAGACGCACACGCGUGGCGUGUCGCCGAUGUAAUUCAAAAAAGAUCAAGUGCAACUCACAAGAGGAAGUUCCCUGUAAAGGAUGCGUGUCAACCAAUACAGACUGCGUGCCCAUAGAGUCACAGCGAGGGCGGUACAUUCGCAAAGGUCCCAGGGCAAGAAAUGCCAGAAAAUCGCACGUCUCUCAGAACGAUAAAGAGAUACCACCAAUAGCCCGCUCGUCAACUUCCCCUACUAGUGGUGUUGACAAUCUUGCCGAGUCGGAAAUACCCUUGCCUCCCGAGGAUCGGACAACUAGCUCCUUCCAAAGAACACUCGAUGCAUCUGAUCAAGACAGUGAUUGCAGGUUCUACUUGCAUAUCGCGGACCAGGGUGUCAGCUCAACACCCCAGCCUAUCUCAAGUCAAAAAGGCACUCUCUUUCUUGGCGAAUCCUUUAGCCUGACAUACGUCGUUCACGACGUUCUAGCUCCCCUUCUCAGCACAGAGUGUGCGCCCAACUACCGCAGACGCCUCCAUUUCCCUGUCGAUGAAGGAUUCGAUCCAUCUAUGAGAGGUCAGCAAAAUAUGGUUGAAGCGCAGACAAAGCUGCUCCAUAGCAGAGAUCUAUGGUUCCAUCCAGACCAACGAGCCUUAGAACAGCUUCUUGCCAUAUACUUCAAGUGGUUUCAUCCAGCGUUCCCCAUUCUCGAAAAAUCCACUUUUCUACAAAAAUAUAAUGGAAACCAGUUAUCGUUACUUCUACUCAAUGGUGUGCUCAUGAUUGCCGUUACGGUCUGUGAUGAGGCAGACUUGGCACUUCUUGGGCUUCAAGAUCGCUAUAAGGCACGCCAGCUUUUUUACAAACAAGCCCGCGCAUUAUAUGAGACUGACUCCGACCCUGAUAAAAUUAACAACGUGGUGGCUUCCUUCUUGAUUAGUUUCUGGUGGGGCGGCCCCAAUGAUCAAAAAGACUCGUGGCACUGGCUGGGGAUUGCAAUAAGCUCAGCCCAGAACCUUGGCAUGCAUCGUUCGACAGCGAAGUCUCAUAUGUCUAGCCACCGAGUACGAAUAUGGAGGCGAAUAUGGUGGUGUUUACGAAUAAGAGAUGUCUUGGUCAGUAGCUCGAUUGGCCGCCCACAGCACUUUUCAGUAUAUGAUUGCGAUGUGGAAAUGCUCUCGUCGCAUGACCUGGAGGGCGAGUUUCAAAAUGAGACAGAAAUUCACUACGUUUGUCAGAUGGCCCGUCUUUCCACGAUAUUCGGGAACAUCAUUUCUUCACGGUAUGCGGCGGUGAAACCCGAUCAUCCUUCACAGAUGAAGAUUCAGCUCGAGAAAGAACUGGAUGAAUUUCGCUCGCAAAUGCCAACAAUUUUGAGAUAUACUGGAAUUGACGCGGAAGGCAAGAUAUGUCUAUGGUCAGCAAUGCUACUAAUGGCGUACAACUUUGGAGUCAUUCUCCUUUGUCGGCCUCCCCAUAGCAAUGGCCUGGACAUGUCUCAAUCGUGGGGCAACCCUUUCAAAGCCUCAUCGGCCGCAAAUGAAGUCACCCGAGUGAUAGAAGAUAUACUCUCACUCUCAAUGGGAAGGGUCUGUCAAAUUCACACAAUCCCGGCACUCUUCAACUCCCUUGCUAUACAUGUUUUCACGAUAUGUACCUCGCGCGCUAUUGGAAGAGAACUCGCCGAAAACCGAGCACGUACCUGUAUGCUGGGCCUAACGUCUCUACAAGAAUCUUGGCCCGUUAGUGGGUGGAUUUUACGUCUUUUCGUUUAUAUCAUGGAGCGAUUGAAGUCCACGUCAAAAUCACCUACUAUCCCUGGAUCCAGGCCGGGUCUCUUGGACACAGGUCCUAAUUUAGGGCCGGGCUCGCACGGAACUGAUACACCAGCCGCAAACACUCCGCGACAGUACAUUGACCAGGGAAAUAUCAACAAUGCAUAUCUAUCAGGGAUGGCUGAAGAGCUCAACUUCACUGGUAACGAAUUAGUCCAUUUCCAGACUAUUUUCACAGUUGGCAAUGUCGUUGCGCUUCUGCCUUUCAUGUACCUCUUUCCGCGGGUGCCGAUGCACUGGCUCGUCCCAACUCUCGAUCUCAUGUGGGGAAUCUUUACUCUGCUGCAGUAUAGAGCCACAAGCUAUGCAGAAAUCAUGGCUUACAGGUUUUUAGUCUCAGUCUUCGAGGCAUCCUACUUCCCCGGUGUGCACUUCGUUCUCGGAUCCUGGUAUAAAAGCAACGAGAUAGGAAGACGAGGAGGAGCUUUCUACGUCGGCCUCACCCUAGGCUACCUGACCGCUAGUCUUCUGCAGGGUGCCACACUCGAGUACCUAGAUGGGGUUAACGGACUACCAGGGUGGCGGUGGCUUUUCAUCAUCAAUGCUAUCAUGACCCUACCAAUGGCGCUUGUUGGCUACUUCAUCUAUCCUGGGACAGUCGAUAAGCCCAACCGCCUUGUUAUUUCAGAACACGAUCUAGAGAUAGCUCGCAGGCGACUACAAAGACAGGGAACCCAAGUCAAAAGCGCCUCUUUCUCAUGGGCACUCGGCAAAAAGCUCUUUUUGUCGAAGCGGUUCUGGCUGGUUCUCAUGUGGGAUGGAUUCUUUUUCAACUCUAGCGCCAACACGGCGUCCUUUCUCUUGUGGUUGAAGAGCCUCCACCGCUACAGCUCUGAGGAAAUGAACCAACUCAACUCAAUCAGCCCGGCACUUGGAAUAUUUUUCAUUCUCUUCGUCAAUAUCAGCACGGACUUGUGGCUUGAUCGCACCUGGGCUAUUACCCUGGCUUCAAGCUUCAAUUUUACGGGACUGGUCAUUCUGGCUAUCUGGAAUGUGCCCGAAGGAGCCAAAUGGUUUGCUUACAGUGUGCAAUACUCGUCCGUCGCGGUAUCGUCUGUACUAUAUGGGUGGAUGAAUGUCCUUUACCGUGACAACCUCGAGGAGCGCGCAAUCGUGCUAGUUCUGGCCACUGCAAUUUCCACAAUGUGGACAUGUUGGAUCCCACUCUUCACGUACCCGACUGUGGAAGGACCUCGUUUUAGCAAAGGAUACCCUUUUUCUGCAGUCAUGGCUGCUUGCUUGGUCGCUAUGACGUUCGUUAUGCGUUAUACUUACGGCCCGAACGGUGAGAAGAAUAUACCAUAUGCGAACGAUGAAAAUGUGUCCGAGGACGGGUCGACAGGCACAAUUGCGAUUUCUGCAACCGAGGGAGCAAAAAAGGGCCAGGUUUCUGUUGUGGGGACCAGUUUGUGA